CUAGACCGAGACCACCGCCCCCCAUUUCUUGACCGUUUUGUCCCUACCGCCAUCGUCCUUUCUCAAAUCCGACGCUCCUUUGCAAAAACCAUGAAGACCCAUUAACGGACACCCGACAUCUUCUUCUCAACAAGGAUUCCCACCGAAGAAAGCAACAGUCUUUCUCGAUUCCGAGAAGAAGAAAACGAUCGGUAGCUCUUGCUUUACAAUGGGUUGUUUUCUUGCCUGUUUUGGUUCAUCCAAAGAUCGCAGGCGGCGAAAGAAGAAGCACAAGGUUCAAGCUCAACCUCGUGUCCAAAUAAAUUCAGGUUACAAGAAUGUGCAGUCUUCAGUUCCUUUAGUACAGGACUACCCGGCAAAGCCCAGCAGGCCCGUUGAAGUAGUCAGGGGUAAGCCUGAGGAGGAGGAGGAGGAGGAGGAGGAGGAGCAGCAGCAGCAGCAACAGCAGAGCCCGAAUGCAAGAAAGAAAGUAACCUUUGACACCAAUGUCAAGACCUAUGAGCAUGUUUUGCUUGAUGAAGUUACUGACUUUCCAAAGCAGAAAGAAGAAGACAAGAAGAAAGAGAAGGCGGAGAUUUUAACGAAGUCAAGCCAGUCUGAAUGUUCUUCUGAGCAUAGCUCAAUCACGUCUAGCUCGAGUUCUUACCCUCCCAAUCAUAGGUAUCAGAAUUGCCGAGAAAGUGAUGAUGAAGGAGAUGAAUUAGUUACUGAAGAAAGUGAUCUGGAUGAUGAAGAUGAUGAUGAUGGUGAUGGGGCACUAGAUGAUGAUUUUGAUGAGGAUCUUGACGAUGAGAUUUUGGGAUCAAGGGUUCGGAUAUGUGAGGCUCAACAAGUCAAAGAGGAGGUUGAUGGUUCUGUCGGGGAAGUUGUGCAGCCAAUUGGUUCAAAUCCAGGUGCUCGAGAUAGGAGUGCUUACAUUCAUGCUGUGUUAAAUCCAGUUGAAAAUCUGACUCAAUGGAAAGCUGUGAAGGCAAGAGGAGCUGCACAAUUGAAGAAGCAAAAGGAGAACUUCAACUCGGAUCAAGAACCCAGGAUUUCAUUUAGCUUGGAGCCAGGUUUCAAAGAGCUGUCUUUCAGUUACAAAUCAAAAUCCAAUGAUGAACCCAGGAAGUUGAACCAAGAAGUGACAGUUGAUGCUAGUCUUUCAAGUUGGUUGUCUUCAACAGAAACUACACCACUAAAGAGCAGCAGUAUCACUGGUAGUACACCUGAGAAAAGCAUGUCACAAGGUUCAAAUUCCAUGAUAAGCCCAGAAGACAGGCCUAUUUUAGGUGCCCUAACACUGGAAGAAAUCAAGCAGUUUUCUGCUUCUUCUUCACCAAGGAAAUCCCCUACUAAGAGCCCAGAUGAGAUGCCCAUCAUAGGGACUGUUGGGACCUACUGGACUCACAAUGUCACCAUUAAGAACUCUGACUCAGCUACUUCUUUCAAGGGGAUACCAAACACUACCAGCAAAUACAGAGAGGAUAAGACAGUGAAUUGGCAUUCUACACCAUUUGAGGCAAGGUUGGAGAGAGCCAUGAAUAGAGGUGCUCCUGAAGCUUUCUCAACCCGUAAUUAGUGUGAAGGCAAGCUCAUUUCAUUUGUUGGUUUGGAGUGUUGCUUUUGAGUGCUCAAAACUUCUGCUUGUUUCUAUGCGAUAUUUAUGUGCUUCUUGUAAGUUUUGCUGUACUUAUUUGUUGACCAUUAAUAGAAAAUACAACUUGUU